AUGGCAAGUCAAGCGGAGUGCUCACCCGGUAUUGAACCGCACCCGCCGGGCUUGUCGCCAUGCACAGCGUACGUUGCGAUGCUGCCGUAUGCCUACACCACCAAUGACGUGGCGCAGCUAUUCGCUCCAUUUGGGAAGCUGGCGCGUGUAUUAGUGCUUCGGGACAAGCAGACGCGUCGCAGUCGUGGUGUGGCCUUUGUGCAGUUCGCCCGUGCCGAGGACUGUGCCAAGGCUGUGGCCAAGAUGGACAAGAUGCCACUGGAGGGGAUGAAACUCGCAGUGUCGCUCAGUCGAGAUAACGGCCGCUCGCGGGAGUUUGCCAAGAAGCGCAAAUACACGACGUCCCAACGCUGCUUCGAGUGCGGCGAGCUGGGUCACGUAUCGUACGAAUGUCCGCGUAAUGUACUGGGCACACGGGAGCGGCCUGUGACAACAGGAGGCAAGAGCAGCAGGAAGAACCUCAAGAAGAAGAAAAAGAAGUUCGACCCGCACGAGCACGCGCACUAUUUCAACGAUGAAGGCGUCACCAACAUUCUAGCACCACCCACGGGUUCUGACGACGAAGAUUUUUCCAUCUCACUGCUGGCGUAUCCGUCGACAGCGUCUUCAGCCUCAUCGGCACCGCCUUCGGUCAUUACACCGCCAGUAUCCGCAGCGUCAGCAGCGAUAUCAGCGCGCCGUCGACCCCAACGGAAAGCAGACAGCUACUUCAGUGACGAGGACGCCAGCGACGACGAGUGA